UCUCUCUCUCUCUCUCUCUCUCUCUCUCUACUGCGUUUCUUCUUCUUCUUCUUCUUCUUCUUCUUCUUCUUCGUCUUCUUCGGAUCGGUGAUCAUGGCGAUGGCUCCGGCGAUCCGCUUCCCGGUCGUCGCCACGAUCCGGGCGAUGGGCGCCGCCGCCGCCGCCCUAGUCAUCAUCUGGGCCGUCCAUUUCCGCGGCGGCUUGGCCCUCAUCUCCGACAACAAAGAUCUCAUCUUCAACGUCCAUCCUGUAUUAAUGGUGAUUGGCUUCAUACUUUUGAAUGGUGAAGCUAUAUUAGCAUAUAAGACGGUGUCUGGAACCAAAAAUUUCAAAAAGACGGUCCACCUCUCUAUUCAAUUUCUGGCCUUGUGUUUGGGUCUAAUUGGAGUAUGGGCUGCCUUGAAGUUCCACAAUGACAAAGGGAUCGACAACUUCUAUAGUCUGCACUCUUGGUUGGGUCUUGCAUGUCUCUUAUUAUUCGGCAUUCAGUGGGGUGCUGGAUUUGUAACCUUUUGGUACCCGGGUGGCUCAAGAAGCAGCCGAGCUCUCUUACUUCCUUGGCACGUGUUCUUUGGUGCGUAUAUAUAUGCCCUAGCUGUUGCAACUGCAGUUACAGGUCUGUUAGAGAAAGCCACUUUUCUCCAAAGCAACAGCGUAAUAUCUCGCUACUCGAACGAAGCUCUCUUAGUGAACUUUCUAGGUCUCCUUCUCGUACUGCUGGGCGGGACCGUUAUUCUCGCACUCGUUACUCCUGGAAGCGCCAAAGGUGAUACAUAUAUAGGGAAUCAAAAAGAAUAGAGGGAUUAAUAUCACAAAGUUUUCUUUGGAUUGAUCACACAUGAGAGGAUUUGAGGUAUGGCGUUUAAUGUUGUCGAAUUCACUCCGGAGAUCGAAGAGAUAUUGCCAAUUUUCUUUUUUCUAUUUUUUAGGGUAAAUUAUAUUUUUGGCCUUCAAACUAUGAGGUGUGUGACACUUUGGACCUCAAAUUUUAAUUUUUAGCAAUUUCUAGCUUGGGUUUUUUGAAUUGUUGCAAUCAAGUCUUACCGUCUAAUUUACUUGACUAAAUAUUAAUUGUAUUGAUAAUGUGGAAGUGAUGUGACAUCUUAAUUAUUGUUGUGUCGCCAAGCAUAACAUAAUCACAUCACUUCUAUAUUAGCGACGUAGCAACAUUUAGUCAACUAAAUAGGGUUGCGGGACUUAAUUGCAACAACUUAGAAAGUUCGAGCAAGAUAUUGCUACAAAUUAAAGUUCGAAAACUAAAGUGCCACGCGCCUCAUAGUUUGAGGACCAAAAGUAUAAUUUUACCCUAUUUUCUACGAUUCUUUAUCUAUACGAGAAGUGUGGUAUGAGAAGCUUUUGAUGUAAAAGGAAUACAUUAUGUCUGAAUUGUUUUGAUGCUUGUACAAUUAUCUCACUUGUAUCCUUUCAUCUUAUACUGAAAUUAUAGAUCUGGUAUGAAUGGUAUUUUUCUUGGAAUA